AUUUGUUAUUGCUAGGAACAUUUGAAUUCCACCACAUCUCCCAGGCAAAGCCUAUACUCCCAUACACACAGCUGCCGCUGCAACCUCCUCUUGCGAGACACAUAUUUGCAUAGCACUUCUGGUACACCAUGAGGAAAUUGAAAGUCGGCAUCCGAACCCAGUUGAUUGUAUUGGUGACCUUUGCUUGUCUUUUCUCCCUUUUGAUUUUGGCAGUGGUCUGUGGAGUAUACUUCUCCAACAACUUGUCAGACCUUCGGGCCGAGCGGUUGGAAGUCAUCUCCCAGCUCAAAACUUCCCAGGUCACCCAGGCGUUGGACUACUUGCUCUAUCAGAUAUAUUGGCUCACCACCAGAGAUGCCAUCACCACUCCCCUUUCAAGCUACAAAGCUGGAAACAACUCCAACACGGUGUUUGACCAGGCACAAGACACUCUCGACCAGUUUGUCACCAGCAGUGAGUCAUUUGCCGCUGCUCGCUUGUACAACUUGGACCUCACGGUGGUGGCAGAAAGCACCAACAACGCCAGCUCCGUGUCCCAGCCAUCUAUGGACUACUUAUACCCGCUCCAGGCAAACCUCUCAGUGCCGUCACAAAUCAACCUGUUGAGCAAUCAGGUACAAUCCUUUUUCAUGACUGGACCCGUUUCCAACAACUCCGACGCUGAUUCCACAUACUUUGUUGGUCUCACCUAUGCCGUGUAUGCCAACACCUCCAUCAUCCUUUCUACCCCUGCUAUAGCCGGGUACUUGUCUGUGAUUGCCAAUGCAAAUAACAUACAGCAAGCCGUCAACGACUCGGAAUCUUCCAAUGAUUAUACGGUGUUGGCCCUAGCGCCAGUGUUUGAUUCGGAUUCUAGCACAAACAAUACGGUUGACGAUAUAAUAGGCUUCCAGGCAGUGUUCCCAGUGGCUGGGUCCUCUUUAAACAGUGAUACCGUGUAUAACAUCAACCUGUCGCUGGCUGCGAAAGCAGCCCUUUUACAUGACUCAGGUGCUUCCACUAAACAAAAGAAUAUUGAUGGCAAAUCCGUGGCCAUAGGUUACUCAACCUUGGACCUUGAUUCGCCAAAGUACUGGUCCAUCAUUGUCGAGCAACGGAUCUCGACCUUCGACGCUCCCGUCAGGAAGUUCACUAAAAUCAUCAUUGGAGUUUCCAUUGGAAUUGGUGGGUUUGUAUGUUUGAUCACCUUCCCAAUGACAGUGUUUUUCAUCCGACCCAUCACCAACUUGAAGUAUGCCACCGAGGCCAUCACUCGUUCCAAGCGAGAACGAGAAAGGGGUGUUGAGAAGCCAGAGUCUUCUGGCUCCACUGGGAAUACAAAUUCUCCUCCACCACCUUACUAUUCAACUCUUAUCCGACGUUUUAACAAUAAGGAUAAAGAAGAAGAACGUGAGCAUCUCAUAAAAGAAAAAGAAAAAGAAAAAUCUGGACCUAAUGGGCUGGCUAAAGGUUCAUCUAAUGGCUCCAACAACAAGAGAAAUAGUGUGUUAUCUGCGGGUACAGGUGGCUCAAAUUCGGUUUACUCUACGGGUAUCAGGUUACCAUCACGAAUUCCUGAUUCGAAGAAGAUCUUCAAAGAUGAACUCUCGGAGUUGACUCAGGCUUUCAAUAUCAUGAGAGAAGAGUUGGAAAAACAAUACACACAUUUAGAAGAUAGAGUUAAGCUGAGAACCAAGGAACUCGAAGCAUCUAAGAUUGAAGCCGAAGCUGCCAACGAAGCCAAAACCGUUUUCAUCGCCAAUAUUUCUCAUGAAUUGAGAACUCCUUUGAAUGGUAUCUUAGGUAUGACUAGUAUUGCCAUGGACGAAGAAGAUACUUCCAAGAUAAAGGAUUCCUUGAAGUUGAUAAAUAGGUCGGGUGAGUUGUUGUUACAUAUUUUGACCGAAUUAUUGACUUAUUCCAAAAAUACCUUGAACAGAUCCAAAUUGGAAAAGUCUUCCUUCCAAAUCUUGGAAAUCGCAUACCAAGUCCAAUCCAUUUUCAGCAAGUUGGCCAGUGAUCAAAGAGUCUUUUUCAAGAUCUUAAUGAAGCCUAGUUUGAUGAGAAAGCUCAUUUUAUACGGUGACUCCAACAGAAUCAUUCAGGUGGUAAUGAACUUGGUUUCGAACUCUUUGAAGUUUACCCCAGUAGAUGGGAAAGUCAAUGUCACCUUCAGAUUGUUAGGUGAAUACGACCAAGAGAGAUCCAAUCAGUCUGACUACAACCAGGUGUAUGUUGUCGGACAUGAAACCGCUGCCAAUACUCUUUCCAAAAGCAAUCCAUACGAUGGCAGACCACCUAAAAUGCCUCCCACCACUAAUGAAGCAGCUUUUGAACAAUCAUCUGCUAGCUCGGUUGAUGCAGAUGGUGAUGAUAAUGAUACCACCAGUAUCGUGACAUUAUCUACCACUCAAUAUCAGGAUGCGGUCUUCAAAUCCCAGUUCAAAAGGGAUAUGAAACCACUUCCAACGGUUCCUGCUGACUCAUCUGAUACCGAAUCAAACUUCGAUACAGACAGGAAGUUGAGUAGUAGUGAAAGUGAUGACACAGCCCCAACUCUACCAUCUAAAGAUAACGUGUUGGUUACUAGUAAUGGUCAUGCUACAGUAUCUCCUAAAUUAUUACCCCCUCCAAAUAUGAGAGACAAAUUCAUAUCGACUGCUUCCACAUCCGGAACUGGUACUACUACCAAGAGACCAAGUAUCAGCAGUAUCAAUUCGUCUUUGAACUCCAAUGAGUUGGUCAAAAAUGAUAAAGUAUAUCGUAUCAAAAACUUCUACAAGCCUAAGACAUGGGUUUUACAAAUUGAAGUCACUGAUACUGGUCCAGGUAUCGAACCAGCGUUGCAAGAAAAGGUGUUUGAGCCAUUUAUUCAAGGUGACCAAACCUUAUCUAGAAGUUACGGUGGAACUGGUCUAGGUUUGUCUAUUUGUAGGCAACUUGCCAAGAUGAUGAAUGGUACAAUGACUUUGAAAUCGACCUUAGGGGUUGGAUCUACCUUUAUCUUCACGGUUCCUUUGCCUCAAGUAGGUGAAGUGUUGGUUCCAGAAGAAGACAUGGCUGAAUUCUGUGAAGAUGAAUUCAAUCCUAAAUCUAAAAUGAACAGAAAGGUUGCGUUUACCUUCAACCAUGAAGAUAUCAUCAAUGAAGUCAGUGAGGCUGAAGAUACCGGAUAUAGUAAUGAAGCCAACGCUUCAUCUAGGUCUGAAUUACACAGCACUGGCACUCCAUUGUCCACAUCUUCGCCUAAGGAUAGUGUGGGGCCUCUUGAUCUUUCCAAGAUUAACCCUCCAAAUAUCACUAUUGAGCUUCCAAGUCCUGGUCGUAAGUCAAGCGAAGAAAGUGCUUCUAAGAAACACUAUUUCGAAAAACCACAUUUGAUUGCCAGAUCAUCUACCGGUACUGCCAAUUCAUCCAACGGCUCGGACAAGAUGGACCUCCACAAUAACUACUUGCUUCAUGACUUGUUGCACUUGAAGAUCUUGGUGGCCGAAGACAAUUUGGUUAACCAAGAAGUCAUCAGGAGAAUGUUAUCGUUAGAAGGAUUCACCAAUAUCACCAUGGCUUCUAACGGGGCUGAGGCAGUUGAUAACGUGAAGGAAUCUAUCGAAAAGAAUGAUGUCUAUGACUUGAUCUUCAUGGACGUUCAAAUGCCAAAGAUCGAUGGGUUAUUGGCCACAAAGAUGAUCAGAAGCAAUUUGCAUUAUGAUAAGCCAAUUAUUGCUUUGACGGCAUUUGCUGAUGAAAGCAAUGCCAAGGAGUGUCUUAACAGUGGUAUGUCUGGUUUCUUGGCCAAGCCCAUUAGAAGAACGAAUUUGAGGAAGAUCAUCACCGAGUUCUCACCCAUUUUGUUAAGUGAAACGGUUACCACUCCACAAACACACCAGAGUGACGAAAGAAGAUUGGGCUACGAUUCAUAGUCAAGCUCCAACUACAACUUUCAAUCACACUGUCCCCAACAAUAAUUACGUACAAUUUUUUUUGAUAGAUUAUUCCCUGUACUAUAUUUAAUAAAAGUUAAUACUAG